UAUAUACAUGCAUACUCGAUGGCCCUCACCACUUUCAUCAUGGCUUCCGACGCCAUUGCUUUCUUCCUCCUGAGUUCCUUCUUCCUCCUCAGUCCCGUUGUCUCCGUAGUUCCUCUGUUGGCCCCUGUCGACCCUUCCACCGCAUGCAACUCGACGCUCGACCCCAAGUUCUGCAAGACGGUCCUUCCCCCACGAGGAUCCAACAACCUGUACGAGUAUGGCCGCUUCUCCGUCGCCAAGUCCCUCUCCAAUGCCAGGAAGUUCCUCCAUCUGAUCAACCGAUACCUCGCUCACAAGUCGAACCUGUCGCCGACUGCCUCGUUGGCCCUCCUCGACUGCCAGCUCCUGUCGGAGCUCAACAUCGACAUCCUCACCGCGGCUGAAACCACACUGAAUGACACCGACAAGCUCCUCGACCACCAAGCCGACAAGGUGCACACCCUGCUGUCAGCUCUGGUCACCAACCAGCACACCUGCUCCGACGGCCUGCAUGCGACGGAGUCGGCGUGGUCCAUCAAGAACGGCCUCUCCGUCCCUAUGCACAAUAGCACUAAGCUCUACGGCGUCUCCCUUGCACUCUUCAAGCGGGCCUGGGAGCCUCACAGGAAGAACAGGAACGUCAGCCACUCCAGAGUCCCACGUAGGAAGACACUGUUAUUCCACGAAGUCGCCGUCGGCCUCGACGGCGAGCUACCGCUGAGGAUGCCGGCCCAGAAAAGGGAGCUGUUCGAGAAGUGGAGCGGGCGGGGGCUCCUUCAGGCGACCGACGCCGUCCUGGUAAACGACGUCGUGCGGGUGAGCCAAGACGGCAGUGGGAACUUCGUGACGAUCACAGACGCGGUGAAGUCGGCCCCCGUUGACCACGACGAAAACACCGGCUACCACUUGAUAUACGUCGCCGCCGGGGUUUACGAAGAGUACGUCGUCAUCCCCAAGCAGAAGAAACACUUGAUGAUGAUCGGCGAUGGGAUCAACCAGACGGUGAUCACCGGCAACCAUAGCGUCGGUGAUGGCUGGACUACCUUCACCUCCUCGACCUUUGUCGCCCUCGGACAUGGAUUCGUGGCGAUCAACAUAACCUUCCGAAACGCGGCCGGGCCGGCCAAGUACCAAGCGGUCGCGGUCCUGAACAACGCAGAUAUGUCCACCUUCUACAGAUGCAGCUUCGAGGGCUACCAAGACACGCUCUACACCCACUCCAUGAGGCAGUUCUACAGGGAGUGCGACAUCUACGGCACAGUGGACUACAUAUUCGGCAACGCAGCGGUGGUGUUCCAGAACUGCAACGUCUACUCCCGGUUGCCCCUCCCUGGCCAGAUCAACACCAUCACCGCGCAAGGCCGGACCGACCCGAACCAGAACACCGGCACGUCGAUGCAGUCCUGCAACUUCCUCGACGCGGCUGAUCUGGCCGCCACGGCCCUCUGCCUGGAAUCACAGGAGUCGCCGAUGACGUACCUCGGCCGACCGUGGAAGCCUUACUCGAGGACCGUGGUCAUGCAAUCUUACAUGGAUUCGCUGAUCGAGCCUGCAGGUUGGGUGCAAUGGAACAGCGAUGACCUCGCACUGAACACGUUGUACUACGCAGAGUACAACAACAGCGGUCCCGGUUCCGGCACGGCCGGCCGCGUCGACUGGCCAGGAUACCUUGUGAUCAGCGCCAACGACGCCAUCAAUUUUACUGUCAGCAACUUCAUUUCGGGUGAUCAAUGGCUGCCGAUGGCUGGAGUGCCUCAUGACAGUGGAUUGGUCUGAUCGACCAAUGUCAAC